AUGGCGACGGACGGGAUGGUGCUCACCAACCACGACCAUCAGACUCGAGUGGGGAUUUUGACAGUUAGUGACAGCUGUUUCAAGAACUUGGCUGAGGACAGGAGUGGAGUCAACCUGAAGGACCUGGUCCAUGAUCCCUCACUGCUAGGAGGAGUUAUAGCAGCCUACAAGAUCGUUCCAGAUGAGAUUGAUGAAAUCAAGGAAACUCUUCUGGAGUGGUGUGAUGAACAGGAGUUGAAUCUCAUUCUUACUACUGGAGGAACUGGCUUUGCACCACGAGAUGUUACACCUGAGGCCACCAGAGAGGUGAUAGAACGAGAGGCCCCAGGUAUGGCUCUGGCCAUGCUGAUGGGAUCACUCAAUGUUACACCACUAGGCAUGCUGUCCAGGCCGGUGUGUGGUAUUCGUGGUAAAACUUUGAUCAUCAACCUGCCAGGGAGCAAGAAGGGCUCUCAGGAGUGUUUUCAGUUCAUCUUGCCUGCUCUGCCACAUGCCAUCGACCUACUACGAGAGGCCACAGUCAGAGUUAAAUCCACACACACCGCCCUGGAACAGCUGCCCUCCACUUCCCCUUUGCUGGCCAACACACACACAAACACUCACACCAACACACACACCAUGGAGCGCGGCACCCAGUGUGAGGAAGAAGAAGACGAGGAGGAGGACCGGAGGAGAGGUCAACAUGUGCACAACCACCACCUUCCCCAGCAUGGCUCCUCUCACAUCACCGCAGCUGCUAUCGCUGCCAAGACAAGCCAUGCUGUGGUCAUGGCUAAGGGGGGUCCAUAUCUGCCCGGAAACACACCCGCCCCAUCCACUCAUUACACGUGCUCCUGUACUCAUGACCAGCAGAUCCCGGACUCGAUCAUUUCUCGAGGCGUUCAGGUGCUUCCUCGAGAUUCGGCCUCUUUAAGCUCCACCCCUUCCGAGUCACCACGGGCAACACAGGCAACCUCCCGCCUUUCCACCGCCUCUUGCCCGACACCCAAGGUUCAGUCACGAUGUGGCAGUAAUGAGAACAUUCUGAGAGCCAGCCAUAGUGCAGUGGACAUCAGUAAAGUGGCACGUCGUCAUCGCAUGUCCCCGUUCCCAUUAACGUCAAUGGACAAAGCCUUCAUCACUGUUCUAGAGAUGACACCUAUUCUGGGAAUUGAAGUCAUUAACUACAGAGACGGUUUGGGUCGUGUGCUUGCUCAGGACAUCUACGCCAAAGACAACCUUCCGCCGUUCCCUGCCUCCGUUAAAGAUGGUUAUGCUGUACGAGCUGCUGAUGGCCCAGGAGAUCGCUUCAUCAUGGGAGAAUCACAGGCUGGACAACAGCCCACCCAUACAGUGAUGCCAGGUCAGGUGAUGAGGGUGACGACCGGGGCUCCUAUUCCUUGUGGAGCUGAUGCUGUGGUCCAAGUAGAAGAUACAGAGCUGCUGAGGGAGUCUGAGGAUGGCACAGAAGAGUUGGAGGUGAGGAUUAUGGUCCAGGCCCGUCCCGGGCAGGACAUCAGGCCAAUAGGUCAUGACAUCAGGCGAGGGGAGUGUGUGUUGGCUAAAGGAACACACAUGGGCCCAUCAGAGAUUGGCCUGCUGGCUACAGUGGGAGUGACUGAGGUCAAUGUGCACAAGUUUCCUGUGGUGGCUGUCAUGUCCACUGGAAAUGAGCUGUUGAAUCCAGAGGAUGACCUCCACCCAGGGAAGAUCAGAGACUCUAACCGCUCCACUCUUCUGGCCACCAUUCAGGAGCAUGGAUACCCUACCAUCAACCUGGGCAUCGUUGGAGACAACCCUGAUGACCUGCUGUCCGCUCUCCAUGAGGGAAUCAGUCGUGCCGAUGUCAUCAUCACCUCAGGAGGUGUGUCCAUGGGAGAGAAGGACUACCUAAAGCAGGUGCUGGAUAUUGACCUGCAUGCUCAGAUCCACUUUGGACGAGUCUUUAUGAAGCCAGGUCUUCCAACUACCUUUGCCACAGUUGACAUUGAAGGAGCACGGAAACUCAUCUUUGCCCUGCCAGGUAACCCAGUGUCUGCAGUGGUGACAUGUAACCUGUUUGUGAUUCCUGCUCUGAGGAAGAUGCAAGGCAUCCUGGACCCUAGACCUACUAUUAUUAAAGCUAGGCUUUCCUGUGAUGUUAAACUGGAUCCCAGACCAGAGUACCACCGAUGUAUUCUCACCUGGCAUCACCAGGAGCCAUUGCCCUGGGCACAGAGCACAGGCAACCAGGUAUCCAGCAGGCUAAUGUCAAUGCGUAGCGCUAACGGCCUGCUGAUGUUACCUCCUAAAACAGAGCAGUAUGUGGAACUUCAUAAGGGUGAGGUUGUGGACGUCAUGGUAAUCGGACGGCUAUGAUGCAGACUUCAAUGUCACUCACUACCGAUUACCAUGGCAGUGCCAGGACUUUCUGUCUGGACAGGAAUUAGGGGCAGGAAGUGAUGCAUGUCUACCUGGUCACCAUUAGCUGUGAUGUCAUAUGCAACAGCCAAUUGGAGCCAGCGCAGGCUGAAUCCUCAUUGGUUUGCUCUGAGGAGGUCACUGUAUUUCAAUGGAGAAAAAAUGUGAAAACAUAUAUAUAAAAUAUGAGAUUUAUUCUGUAAUAUUAUUAUUACUAUCCUGAUUAUAAUGAUUAUUAUUAUUCUUAAUUAAUAUUCUAUUUAUUAUUAUUGAUUGACUAUUAUCAUCUUAGUAGUAAUCAUGCCCUCUUCUCUCCUGUUCAUUUUCUUUGUGCGUUUAACAUGUUUCCCUGGUAGAUACAGAGAUGUAGAAACUUCCCUCUCCUUCCUCCAUUUCUCCUGACCCUUUUGCCCUUUUCUCCCCCUCCUUUCUCUUCUUCUUCUGCUUCUUUCGCUCCUCUAGCAUUCCUCUAUCCAGAUAUAGAAACUUCUUGAUUACCCAUCCCUGCAGUAUACUACAUCUCCUCCUGCAACACACUGACCCUAAAACCAGUAUUGACAGAUAUAUGAACUAAAGGCUUAUGAAGACAUCUUUUGAUUUGAAGCUACUGAUAUAGCAGAUAUAACACUUUCAAACCAUACUGAAACACUAAAGCUCAUCAUGACUCUCAGUGAAAGCCACGAAACUCUUGUAAGUGGGUCAUUGGUUCAGCUUUAAGGCAGGGUGAGGCAGGACUUAAAUCCUCCCUCAAGGAAUUCUCUGUGCCGACAUCAAAUAUGAACAAAAUCAUUAUAAUAUAACACACAAUGACUUUUUGGAUCUAUAGUUAUAUCAGAUUUGGGCCACACUGGCAAUAUUAAUAUUACGCUAACCCUGCAUUCAAGUGAUGUUGGAUAUACAUGAGUUUAAGGUUUACACCAUAAUGCUACAUUACGAAAUGCUGACUUAGACAGUCUUCGAUAAAUGUGGUUUUUGCACUUUAAAACUAUUAAAAGAUGAUGCUGACUUGAUUCAAUAUUUUACAUAUGGUCAUAAAAUCCCAGGAAAAGACUAAAACCAACAAUAUGUUUGUGUUAGUCUAUAUCUUAGUACUGUCUGACUUCCCUACCCUGUCUGUGGCUCUCAACCACAAGCCAAUUGGAUGGCUAGAGGAGAUCCACUAAUCUCCACCACACACUUUGUUAAAACAGGUCAGAAACAUUUAGCUACAACUUUUAAAAAGGCUACUGCUGAGCUACUUUCAGCGGCAGAUUGAUCAGCAUUUGGUGUUUUGAGUAUUUCUGGCAGCAGGAUGGUAUAUGUUGAAUUGAGUGAAAAUAAACUACAGUGUAGGUUUUCAUGGCAGUGAAGAAACAUGUCACCCAGUGCAGUAGGGUGGCUCAUUGAUGUGUUUUAAUAGGUUUUGGACAACAAUGUAGCUCUGUGGCACAGAGGAAUAAGCAAUGUCAAGCUUUGGAUCCACGCACAAUACUUGUUAACAGGAUCAAUUUAUUGUUGGUUUUGGUCUUUUCAUGGGACUUGGUAAUACCAAGAAAAAUAUAUUCUUUCAGUAGCCAAAGAUUACUAUACUUAGUUGACAGCUAGUCUCAAAGGCUGGCUUCAUUUUUGGCUAAUCAGUAACCUCCAUCUUUUUCCAGUUUUUACCCAUAAACCACACAAACAUGAACGAAAGAACAUGAAUGAGUUGAGAAAGACUAUAUUUUAACUCAAAGAAACUCUGACCUGACAUCACUUGAAAGCAGGGUGUCACAUUCAGGUGCUCAUAAACUAUACAACUGGUGUAUUUAUACCAUGACAGUGUUAAGGUGCUUGUUAAAGUGAAAAAAAUCAAUACAGUUCAAGGCUGUAGAUCAAAACACAUCAUUUGACUGCUCUUCUCUCAAUGUACUGUAUGUAGUCUGAGCAACUCUGAGAAAUAUAGAAACCUUUUGUGAUAUUUAACCCACUGUUGAUUAAACACUGACCUUAAGUUGUUUACCAAUUAACAAGGACCAUUCAAAUGCAUCAUAUGCAGUCUAUGAGUCCCAGGCAUUCACCAGUGCACCAUACCUUAACCCCUCUAGUUCAUCUGAUUCUUCCUAUCAGUGUGAUCAGUGGCAAACAAACCCACAUGGUCAAGGGUAUAAUUUUGCAUUCAGGUCAUAUUGGAAUAUUUGGUACAAUGCUGUGGAGCAUAUUUGAAUUUAAUGAUACGUCACCAAGAUGACAUAAUUGAUGUUUUUCCUAGAUGUCAGUUCCUGCUGCUGUUCUUCUUGUUUCAGUUACUCCAAGAAAGAUAAUGUGAACAUUAUUUCCGGAUAAGAAUCUCAUGUCCACUAUCUUUCCUCUAUGACCCAAAUACUGCAAUAGUUAGUAGUUCUGAACUUUGUCCCCUCUCCUUAUAAGCUGAGGCAGUCUUCCUCCAACUCUCCCCUCAAUCCUUUCUUUUAUCAUCAUCUUCCUCUUUUCCUCCCCACCCUCUUCACAAUUGCAUGCCCAUUAAGGGGGCCGUGUCUUUCACUUUGGGCAGGAUUGAUUCCAGGUGUGAGACCAGGGUGCAGCACCUGGGCGUGGCUUCUGAUCUGACUAAAUGUUACAUAUAUGAUAGUUCUUGAUGUGAUUAUUGGUGUGUACGAACAGUUUUCAAAGUCCAGGCUCUGGUACCAACACUGUCUUCUUAUUUUUUCCUCUGGCUCAGAUGUUAGAAACUUCCCAGUUACCUCACAUGCACCAUAUAUCUAUCAGUGGCUCAUGCUGGGUUCAUGUCAUGUACUACAAAGUGGAAAAACAGGGUGACAUUUUUUGCAAGAGUUGAAAGGCAGGCAUUAAUUCACUGGAGGGCCCACAUGCAAAUUAAACAAAGUAUUGAAUUAAAACACUUAUUACAUUUUUUUCCCACAUUAGAUAGCUCCUACUUACGGUAAACCUUUUGUGACCUGAUGCAGCAUCAAAGCAUGUCCUGUCACCUGCCCAAGGAGGAGCAAUCAAACCCAGAUAGAUUCAUUUGAGUAAGAAGAAGCAGAUUAUUGUUAAACUGCCUUUGUACUGAGUGAUUCGUAACACGGGACUGAACUCAGUGUCACACUGCACAUACUAUAAACUAUGACCAGCACUUGUAAUGAAGCAAUGACACAGCAUUCUACUACUAGUGUAUAAACAUGUUUAAAGAGGAUGUUUUUUUCUGUGAUGAUAUUAUCAAAACUGAAGAUUAAUUAAUAAA